ACAAACUUAACCUAAAAGAACCUCAAAAAAUAAAGAUUUUUUUAAUUUUAAGUUUAAUUUUCAAUUAACAUGGAUAAAGAGCUUAAUCAAGCCUGUAGUAGCAGUUCAAAAAGAAAAGCUAAAGCUGCAUUCGAGGAGGAGAAAGAUGAUUCUGAAGCUUUCCCAUGUUCAGAUGAUGAAGAGGAAGGUGAAUGUAAAGUGGUUGAAAGAACUAAAUUUUCGACCAUUUUGGGUUAUCAAGUUAAGUCCCCUACGAUUAAAGAAAUCAAAAGUAUAAAAGCUGUUUUAAAUAAUAAAUUAAGUUCAAAGGGAUUUUUAGAGGAAUUUUCUAAAGAAUGGAGUUCAAAUAAACCCUUAAUAAGUGAAACACACGAAAUUAUAAUUGAUCCAUUUAAAGUUUGUGUUUUAAAUAAUCUUUUUGAAGACGAUUCUAUUUUAAAAGCAAUCCGACAAGAGUUUUAUGAAAUUGAUUGGAACAGACGCAAAAUGGAUUUGUAUGAUUUUCAUCAAAGUUGUGAUUUGAAACAUUUGGAGGCAAAGAAUAUUACAAACUUUUUUAAUUUUUUAAAAGAAACAAUGAUGCCAUGGGUUUCAAGAACAAUGAAUUUUAAUUUGCAUUCCGUCUCAGCUACUUGUAGUUAUUACUCAGAUACUGAUUAUUUAUUGAUUCAUGAUGAUUUACGCGGUGAUCGGGUGGUGGCUUUCGUCCUCUAUUUUUCUGAUGUUCAAGAUUGGGAUCAAUCGUGGGGUGGUUCUUUACAAUUGUUAUCUUGUACAGAUCUUCAUCAACCACAUAAAACAAUUCGCGAAAUUUAUCCUGUUAAUAACCAAUUGGUUCUGUUUCCUGUAUCUUCAACAUCUUAUCACCAAGUAGACGAAGUCACCCAAAAAAAUUUCUCUCGAUAUUCAAUAAACGGCUGGUUUCAUGGAGAUGUUAAUAAUAAAUUUGUCGCUCCGAUUUACAAAGAACCCAUUGAAGGAUUGUUUUCAACCUCGUAUGAUGUUAGCAAAAAAAUCCCAGUUGAAUUAUCAGAAUGGAUUUGGGAGGAUUAUUUAGAUCAGCACCAUAUAAAAAGUAUUCAAAAUUUAAUUGAGGAAAACUCCGAAAUUUCUUUACCUAAUUAUUUUGUACCAACAAAAUACUUGGAGUUAUGUAACGAAUUCGAGAAUGAAUCUUUAAAAUGGGAUAUGGUAGGGCCUCCAAAUCGUUUCCAAUACGAAGUUUUACCAGAAACUGAAUUUACUAAACCGAUAAAAGAAUUAGUUGACAUUUUCAAAUCAGAAUCAAUGUUUAAACUUUUAAAAUGUUACACCGAGUUGGAUUUAGACGAUGAAAAAGCUGGAAUAAAAUACGAAGUUCAACGAUGGAAAUCAGGGCACUAUUCGUUAUUAUCCGAUUUUAAAUGGAAUACAAAAGAAUUAGAUGUAAUAAUCUAUUUUAACUGUAACAAUCAAAUAAUUGGUGGCCAAACUCAAUAUGUUACUGAAGACGAAGAGAUACAACAAGCACUAAUUACGUUAACGCCCGAAAAUAACUCGUUAAACAUCGUUUUUAGGGACACUGCAAGAAUCACUACUUACAUAAGUAAAUAUACCAAAGAACCGUUUUAUGCGCUAUUUUGUUCUUAUGUAGAAGAUCAAAAUAAAAUCUAAUAUCUAAAGAAAA